GUGACGUAACACGUAAAUAAGUUGAUCAAGCUGUUAUUAGCUAGGUUGUUUUCUUCUUUUAGCCUUAAUCUCUCGCUUGAUAUUAAUGACGGGGCUAAAUUUACACACAGCCCCUCGGAGAUAAAGCGGAACUGACAUUUUAACACACGAUCACACGAGGAUAUGCCAUCCGACUUUGUACCGUAUAUAGAAAGUAAACCUUGUGUGGACGAGAAACCGAGUCAAGCAGCUAACAGCGGUCUGCGCCGCAAAUCUCCACACCGUGUGCCGCUCAUGCUGACUUUCUCUUCCAUUUCUUCUUCGUCUGUAGUCGACCUUUAGAUUCUGUCGCCAAGUUCGGUCGGUGGUUUCGCCAGGAGAGAAUGAACUGGUUUUUCCCCCUCUCCAAAGGCUCUGGACCUCUCCCUCCUCUGAACAGCUUACAGCAACAGAGACAGCGGCAGAUCGAGUCCUUAAAAGCUGCCCACCCGAGCCUUGCAGAGAUCCAGAAGGAUGUGGAGUACAGAAUACCAUUCACAGUCAACAACUCCACCAUUAGUGUUAACAUUUUGCUGCCUCCUCAGUUUCCCCAAGAGAAGCCAAUGGUUAGCGUCUAUCCCCCUGUAGGUCACCAUUUAGUGGACAGCAAUAACGGCACCAUGAUCACAAGCCCCCUCAUCACUAAUUUUGGGAUGCACUCAGAUUUGGGAAAAGUCAUUCAAAGUCUGCUGGACGAAUUCUGGAAAAGUCCUCCCGCCUUGAUGUCUAGUGGCCCUGCUGGCUUUCCUUACAGUAUGUACAAAUCAUCAGGCAUCGCACCUUAUCCCACUCAGGCUUUUCACUAUGGUCCUCGCCACGUGGGACCCAGUCAGACCCCGCCUCCUGGCCCGGUCCCAUCUCCAGCGCCAAUGCCUCAUCCAGGGGUCGAUAGCACCCAUGGGCCCCCUCGAGCUCCAGCUCCAUAUGGAGUCAUUUCUGAUCUACCACUGCCCGUACCUAUUGGAGAGUCACAGGCUGGACUAAAUGGACACAUGUACAAGAUGCCUGAGAUUCCUGAGUCUUUUCCUGAACUCUGUGACAUGAAUCUGACACAGUUGUCGGAUAUGUCAGAAAACGAGGAUGUGUUGCUGAAGUUCUUUGUGAGUUUGCCACAACUUAAACAGGUCACCAAUGAUAAAGAAGAAUUGGUCACCAGUAUAGUGGACAUGGCCAAGAAAAACCUUCAGCUGGAGCCACAGCUGGAAGGAAAAAGACAAGAGAUGCUCUACAAGUAUGAACAGCUGACUCAGAUGAAGUCUGCUUUUGAAACAAAGAUGCAGAGACAGCAUGAACUCAGUGAGAGUUGCAGUUUAAGCACUCUACAGGCUCGACUAAAAGUGGCAGCCCACCAGGCAGAGGAGGAGUCUGAGGAGACGGCUGAAAACUUUCUGGAAGGACGCAUUGAUAUUGACGAAUUCCUGACCAGCUUCAUGGAAAAGAGAACGCUUUGCCACAGCAGAAGAGCCAAAGAGGAGAAGCUGCAACAGUCCAUCAACACACAUGGACCAUUUCCUACCAGUCACUAGAACACAAGAUUUGGUGUUUUUUUGUUUUUUUAGCCAAGUGCUGCCAACUAAAAGGAAAAAGGCAUUACUGGGGCUGAAAAGCACACUGGGCACUCAAUCAGUUUGGAGAAAUGGCAAUGCUGGGCUAAAACAAGAAGCCUAUGGUGUCCAGAUCUGAGCUUUAAAAAAAAAAAAAAAAAAGAAAAGAAAAGGAAAAAAAAAAAAGCUGUUGAUGUUGGAUCGUGUGAGAGCAACGUGGAGUCACCGCUGGAGGCCAAAACUCGGAGAAUGAGCGACACAUGCCUAGAUGCUCCAGGCACGUUACUAAGGAUUUAUCACAUUGUGGAUAAUUUUGUUGCACAUUGAGUUUUUUUUUUUUUUUUUUUUUUCCCCAGUUUUGACAUGACAGUGAUGACAAGUUUUGUUUCCUUAGAUUUAUGUCACAUUGCUCAUAAAUCUUGCCUGUUCUUGAUCAGGAAGGUUGGAGAUUUGAACAGAUUUGGAAGAAAGUACAAGUUGCUUAGCACAGUACCCCCAAGCUUUCAUUUUCUGUGCAGUGGGGUCAUUAGUAUCACUUAAAAAAAAGUUAUUCUGAAAUGUUGGUGUCUGUACCAUACAUCUCUGAGAUCAUUGUUCAGCCCUUGCUUAAUCAUCUCAUUUUACUUUACAGAGAUGCCAUGCAGCCAUUGCACUUUAGCGAUAAUUUAUCCAAGGCAGCGUUGGUUGUCAUUUAGUGAAACAAUGAAAAGAAGCAAGCACUCGACAGUGCUGUCAGGAGAUGUUUAACUUGGGCUGUUAAAGUUUAAAUUGUGUAUUUUGAAAGUGGUUGAUUGAGUGGUUGAAGCUGUUGGUUUGAGGAAACCCUGAAUACAGCCUGAAUAUCAUUUUGUUUGCAUAAAUAUUUAUAAUUUUGACUUCAAAUUUGAUGUCAGUACUCUGAUAAUCCCACAAAGAUUUAUGUACUGUACAUUUGAAUACAUUUGUUUUCAAAUCAAAGUUAACAUGAACCAAAUGGCAGACCGGAUAACAUACUGUAUGAGCUGUUUGACUUCAGAGUUUCUGUAUUGUAAUUCUACUUGUUAAAUGUCACAUUCUGAACAGGAUGCUAACAUGGUUAGCAUUUGUGGAUCUUAUUAGUACUGAAGGCAAAUGGCAAUGAAGUCAGUUUUAUAUUUCAACUGUUGUUUCUCUGCUCAGAGGCCAUGUUAAACUAAAUUAAUUCAAAACUGAAUACUUCAGCCCCACUGUUACCCUAAUUCAGUGGUUUUUACAUUGAAUUUGUUUUUUGUUUUUUAUCUAAAUGUACUGACCACCACUUUUCCAUUAUAUGCACAGUCAUGAUAGCCCGAUAGACUGUUUUCUGACACCUGAAACCUUGAACUAGAAAUUUCUGCUGAAAAGUCUCAGAAGAUGUGGGAUAAUGUUGAGGAAUAUUAGAUUAAAUGCUGCAGUAAAACAGAUGACAUUGGAUACUGUAUUUAAAUAAUGUUAAUAAUAGGCUAUAUUGUAAUCAAAGACUCAGACACCUUGUAUUAUAUGUUCUUAUUUAAUUUGUUAGAGUAAUAAAGCAUUUAGAAUAAAUUCUCUGUAUGUGCUGUUUAAUGGUUCCCAAUAGCACUGAUGGUGGUCAUUUAAACACUCUGAAGGACUCACCCAAUAGCGAUCUCACCUCCAGAGAAGGUACAUCAGGGUCCAUGCAAGAAUCACUUGGAUCAUAAAUACAGAAUAGACAUUAACUAAUGUAUAAAUUACAUUAGCGGUCUCUUGCAGCACAUUUAAAAAGUUAAAUCCAUUUACACUAAGGUUGAUUAUGAUACAGUGUAACUUGUCAUGGUAUUAAAGUAAUUUAUUGACAUGCAUUGCCACUGUUGCAGUGAAGUGGUAAUAACCUGAUACGCAAAUAACUCAAUGGUCAGUACCUAAAUAUACUUUCACUAGAAAACUGCAAUCUGUAUGAAAGUGGAUAUUAAAGUAUGCUUCCGUGUUUUAUAAAA